CCCCGUUUUGUGCGUACGCAACGGUUAUAAAUGAGACCCCUGCUGAGGACUAUGUUUCCGGGGACAUGAUGGAGUUCAAGAUGGGUUUUCGGAGCGAGAAAAGAGUGAGGCUGAAAGCCGGUGUGAUUCCCUCAAUUCAUGCCGCUCCAGCCGCAGCUUCGGGCUCAGCCACCGGCGGCAGUGAAGAUCACGGACCGGUCAGAGAUUCAACGAUUCGGAAACGUGAACUGUGCACUUUGCUGGGAAAUACGGCACGUUUUGAAGCCACAGAUGCGCCUACAGCCAGUGAAGACUCGGAGCAAGAGGCCGUCGCUUCACUGGCUUCUCAGCCAAAAUCUGUGCUUCACUUUGGCUCACAGUGUCACAUAAGACCUCCUUAUCGUUCAUCAGCUAUCCAGGUACAGACACAGACUGUCAGUGUGGGGACACAGACCGAACUCUGUGUUUCAUCAAUUCCACUGCCCAGUCCAGUACAAACAGAGGAUGAAUCAUCCUCUGUUUCAAGAGAUCAACCAGAUGACAGGUCAUGGAGUGAAGUGGAAGAGAUGAGCGUGUCAUCUUCUGAGGAGGAGUCAGAGCCAAAGCAGGGUUCUCAGUGGGACUUCGGAGUUGCAGACAAGUUCAUUGUCUGUCUCACCCAGCUGAUGGCUCUCUUCAUCAUUUGUCCUGCCUGUUGUGGGGAAACCAAUGGUAACGUGGAGCAGCAGCAGGGAACAUUUGUUCAGAUCAAGCAAGCGUGGAAGAAUGAGCAAGCUGACAUAGUCAGCCAGCUGAAGGAGAUGGGGGGGGGGGGUCUAAUCCUCUCAGGCUUCCCCCCUACCGGUGACCGCCAGCAGCAUAGGGCCAGCUUCUAUUGGUCGCCAUAUGGGACCUACACCGUGAUUGAGGACCGCAUCAACAGGUUUUGGAUCUUCAACUUGUCCAAGUAA